GCAGUGGUGAAAUGAAGAGGGCUUGCCUGCGCGAGUAGCGACUGUUGGGACUGGCCUGUCUCCUCAUCCUGGCUGUGGUCUGUGGGGCUAUUCUCCUACCAGAGGGGUACAUGAUGCUGUUGGUACAAGUGGUUCUACUGCUAUUGGCUCUGCCUAGUCAUGGGCAGGUUGUUACCACCGAAAAGCCAGAAUUCAUGAUUCCUGUUCCCAAAGGAGCCUGUGCAGGCUGGAUGGCAGGUGUCCCAGGGCAUCCUGGCCACAAUGGGACGCCAGGCCGUGAUGGCAGAGAUGGAAUUCCCGGUGAGAAGGGUGAAAAAGGAGAUGCAGGUCUCGUUGGUCCGAAGGGUGACACUGGUGACUCUGGUGUGACAGGAGCUGAGGGUCCACGUGGCUUUCCAGGAAGCCCAGGCAGGAAAGGAGAACCUGGAGAAGGUGCCUACCUCUACCGCUCAGCAUUCAGUGUGGGACUGGAGGGCCGGGUCACCAUCCCCAAUGUUCCCAUUCGCUUCACUAAAAUCUUCUACAAUCAGCAAAACCACUAUGACAGCACCACAGGCAAAUUCCGCUGCAACAUUCCUGGGAUGUACUACUUCUCCUACCACAUCACUGUCUACUUGAAGGAUGUAAAGGUUAGCCUCUUCAAGAAGGACAAGGCGAUGCUCUUCACCUACGACCAGUACCAGGACAAGAACGUGGACCAGGCCUCUGGCUCUGUCCUCCUCCAUUUGGAGGUGGAUGACCAGGUCUGGCUCCAGGUCUACGGGGAUGGAGACCAUAACGGGCUCUAUGCAGACAAUGUCAAUGAUUCCACCUUCACUGGCUUCCUGCUCUAUCAUGAUAUCGAAUGAUCACCACUACCCCAGAGUCUCCACUGGGCUAACUAGCCCAAAGUCAAUCAAGGGGCAGCCAGCAUGCUUUUGGCCUAAUUAGGAGAUUGAUUUUAUUAUCUGGUUGGAGGACUCUGAAUACUAUUCAUCGCUUGCUCAUUCGUGUAUUCACACAUUCAUCCAGCAUCUGUUGAACACAAUGAUAUAUAGAUAUAUAUUAUGCCCCCGGUUCUGAAGUAGACAUGCUCUGUAGUUUCAAGGAUCUCUUCUGUAGCAGCAAUAAAAGAAU